CACCCUCAGAUUUCUGGCGAAAGGGGAUUACUUAUCAGAAACAAGUGACCUACAUGGCAUUUCAAAGUCAUCCAGUAGCAGAAUUGUUGGAAGAGUAUGUGAGGCCAUUUGUAAUAAGGUUAACAACAUUAAGAUGCCAGAUCACACUCAAGCAGCAAUAAACAAACAGAGGUUUCAUCAAAUUGCCCGCUUCCCCAAUGUAAUUGGGUGUAUUGAUGGCACCCUUUUACCCAUUAUGGCACCACCAGGGGCAGAGGAACCCAUAUUUGUAUGUCGCAAAGGAUACCAUGCCAUAAAUGUGCAAGCAGUAUGUGAUGCAAAUAUGAGGUACAUAAAUGCAGUUAUACGGUGGCCUGGCAGUACACAUGAUGCUUUUAUAUUAGCAAAUUCAACACUGCCAGGCAUAUUAGACUCAACGAACAAUGGCUGGCUGUUAGGGGACUCCGGCUAUCCAUUGAAGAAAUGGCUGAUAACACCGCUACUGAAUGUGAAUACCGAACAGGAGAGGCGUUUCAAUGAAGCACGCAUGGCAACAAGGUGCCUUAUUGAAAGGUCUUUUGCACUUCUGAAAGCCCGCUUCAGAUGUCUUCACAAAACUGGAGGUGCACUUCCAUACAGACCAUCCACGUGUGUUAAAAUUAUAGAGUCAUGUUUCAAACUGCACAAUAUGGCGCUGGACUUAAAUCUUCCAAAUCCUAAUACUGACAGCAUUGUUGUUGACAACAAUCAAGAAAUCGUACAGAAUUGUAGCAGGGAUGCGUUUGAACAGAGGAGGAGACUUACACAACGUUUUUAAAUAU